AUGGCGCACCUGCUGGGCAGCCCGGCCUGCAUGGACAGCCUGCGCAAGGACCUUACCGACCUGCAGGGUGCCAUUGUCGACGUGUUCUCCCGCGCCGGGCCCGUGCGCUUCCCCUCCUGGAAGUUCCCCGACCGCGCGGCCUGUGACCUGGAUAUGGUGGCCCUGCUGGAGCAUUACGACCACGUGCCGGGCGACCCUGAGUUCACGCAGCUGGCCCACGCUGUGCUGCUAGAGCUGGUCAUCGAUAGGCUCCUGCUGCUGCUUCAGAGCUGUGCGAGCUACCUGGAGAACCUGACCUUGGAGCAGAUAGUGCCCCCGGCCCGGGCUGCAGGGCCCUGCAUGUCCGUGGGGCUCACAGUACGACGCUUCUGGAACAGUCUGCUGAGGCUGGGCAUGCUUAGCCAGCAGGCGGCCCUCCAGAAAAGGGCAAAUCAAGGAGAGACCCUUACCUCCAAGCCCACAGCCAAGGGCGAGCCUGCCAGGAGCCCGGAACUGGGGACCGCCCAGCUUGUCAAGGCACCCUCCCCAGUGCCAGGCCUGCCCCAGGCCUGCCCAGAGCAGGACAGCCUCCCUGUCAGCGUCUCGCUGCAGCGUCCAGGCGGGACGGCCGAGAACACCAGGAGCGUCCACUCGCAGACUGUAGAGACGGCCCUGGUGCCCUGUGACGCGUGCACCAGCGUCCAGGGCAGCCUGCGGGAGGUGGGCAAGGUGGUCAUCAACCUGUGUCAGAGCCAGAACCUGCCCUCGUCGCUGGCCCGCUUCCAGCAGCUGGUGCAGGACAGCAUGGGGCACAGGCCACUGCCGGCUGCCACCGUGGGCCUCUGGGCGGCCGAGCAGAGCAAAGACCUGGCGCGCCUCGGCAAGCUCAUGGGGCCCCUCAGGGCCCAGCUGGAGGAGGCCGAGGGCCAGAAGGACGGGCUGAGGAGGCAGGUGGGCGAGCUGGAGCAGGCCCUGCAGCAGGAGCGAGCGGCGCGGCAGCGGCAGGCCGAGGAGGCCGAGCAGCGCUGGGCCCAGUGGGAGCGCGAGAGGCAGCAGCUGCUCGCAGAAACAAGUGACCUCAAGACGAAGGUGGCCACCCUGGAGGGGGAGCUGAAGCAGCAGCGUGAGUCCACGCAGGCCGUGGAAAGCAAAGCCCAGCAGCUGCAGGCAGAGGCUGAGCACCGGUUGGAGGCCGAGCGGCAGGUGCGGCAGCUGGAGCAGCAGGUGGAGCUGCUGGCGGGGCGGCUGGAAGGGGCCAGCCAGCAGAUCCGCUGGGCCAGCACGGAGCUGGACAAGGAGAAGGCCCGCGUGGAUAGCAUGGUCCGCCACCAGGAGUCCCUGCAGGCCAAACAGCGAGCCCUGCUGCAGCAGCUGGACAGCCUGGACCAGGAGCGCGAGGAGCUGCGGGGCAGCCUGGACGAGGCCGAGGCCCAGCGGGCCCACGUGGAGGAGCAGCUGCAGAGCGUGCAGGGCGAGAGAGAGCAGGGGCAGUGCCAGCUCCAGGCCCAGCAGGCGACCACGGACCUGCGGCUGACCAUCUCGGAGCUGGAGCGGGAGCUCGUGGACCUGAGGGAGCGGGAAAGGCUGCUGGUGGCCUUCCCGGACCUGCACAGGCCCGCGGAAGCCCAGAUCCAAAGCUCUGGCAACGUCACGGACGACAUGGAGAGGCAGGUGCAGGCCAACGACAUCCGCAUCCGGGUCCUGCAGGAGGAGAAUGGGCGGCUGCGGUCCAUGCUGUCCAAGAUCCGGGAGGUGGCCCAGCAGGGGGGCCUCAAGCUGAUCCCGGAGGACCAGCUCUGGGCCCCUCGCGGCAAGGGAAUCCAGGGAGCAGAGCCCCCAGCGCAGACCCCAAGGACAUGCCCAGGGGUCCCGGGCAGGCGGCCCUCGCCGGGCAGCAGGCCAGCCAGUGCAGGCAGGGCCCUGCCGGGCCAGCCCCAGGCAUCCCCGCCACUGCGGCCCCACAGCCGGCCCGGCAAGUCCUCCCCGGAGGACGUGACCUACCCGACCAACUGCACCCAGAGCCCCAUCCGUGCCUUGGCCAGGCUGAGGAGGAGACUGUCACCAAGCAGGGGCCGGGCCAGCCCUGCACACCAGCCCCAGGAGCGGCCCACGUAA